CUAGCCACCAGAGCACCAUGUCUACACCCACUAGCCACCAGAGCACCAUGUCUACACCCACUAGCCACCAGAGCACCAUGUCUACACCCACUAGCCACCAGAGCACCAUGUCUACACCCACUAGCCACCAGAGCACCAUGUCUACACCCACUAGCCACCAGAGCACCAUAUCUACACCCACUAGCCACCACAGCACCAUAUCUACUUCCACUGGUCACCACAGCACCACAGUUAUACCCACUACUCACUACAACAUCACAGUUAUACCCACUAGUCACCAGAGCACCAUAUCUACAACCACUAGCCACCACAACACCAUAUCUACAUCCACUGGUCACCACAGCACCAUAUCUGCUCCCACUAGCCACCAUAGCAACAUAUCUACACCUACUACUCACCACAACACCACAGUUAUACCCACUACUCACCACAACAUCACAGUUGUACCCUCUAGCCACCACAGCACCGUAUCUACGUCCACUGGUCACCACAGCACCAUAUCUAUACCCACUAGCCACCACAGCACCAUAUCUAUGCCCACUGAUCACCAUAGCACCAUAUCUACACCCACUGUUCACCACAACACCACAGUUAUACCCUCUAGCCACCAAAGCACCAUAUCUACACCCACUGCUCACCACAACACCACAGUUAUGCCCAUUAGUCACCACAGCACCUUAUCUACUCCCACCACUCACCACAACACCACAGUUAUAUCUACUAGCCACCAUAGCACCAAUUCUACAGCCACUACUCACCACACCACAGUAUUACCCAUUAGUCACCACAGCACCAUAUCUACUCCCACCACUCACCACACCACAGUUAUAUCUACUAGCCACCAUAGCACCAAUUCUACAGCCACCACUCACCACAACACAACAGUUAAACCCACUAGCCACCACAGCACCAUAUCUACACCCGCUACCCACAGCAUUACAGUUACAACCUCUAAACAUCACACGGCAACAACUGGUAACCCCAAGAGUAUUUCUUCAACCAUUCACCAAAUAGCUACUUCUGGCCUCAACAAUAAUCACAGCUCCAUCUCACAGUCCAUUACGAUCAGCCAAAGCACCUCUCACCAUCCAGUUGUCGUCAUUGCUGAGAACUCCAUGUUCUUCCUCUCAUUCCACAUCCUCUCCAAGGAUUUUAACUCUUCCCUGGAAAAUCCCAGCUCUUUCUACUAUCAAGAACUGAAGAAUUCUCUUAAUGAUCUGUUGCAGCAGAUCUACAAAAACAAGGCAUUUAUCACUUUUUACCUGCUCCAAUUCAGAAAGGGCUCUGUGGUUACAGACUGUAUCCUGGUCUUCCAAGCAGACAGCAUCACAGCCAGUGAAGUACAGAACCUCUUUGCUGAAAAUGUGGAAAAAGGGAGAAAAUAUAACCUGAACAUUUCAUCAUCAGAUAUAAUUGUUCGUGACUGGAAUUCUAAAACUUCAUCUACUGGAUCUUCUGUGCCUGGCUAUGGCAUUGCUUUGCUGGUGAUAGUCUGUAUCCUGCUUGCUUUGGCAAUUUUCCACCUUGCUGCCCUGGGGCUAUGUCAGUUCCGCCGGAAACAUUGUGGACAGCUGGACAUCUUCCCAUCCCAAGACUCUUAUCAUCCCAUGAAUGAAUACCCCCUUUAUCAUACCCAUGGACGAUAUGUGCCCCCAGGCAACACCAAGCGCAGCCCCUAUGAAGAGAUCUCUCCAGGAAAUGGUGGCAACAGCCUCUCUUAUGUGAACCCGGUGGCCACUUCUGCUAACCUGUAAAGGGAUGGUGCCAGCUAUGUGCCGAGGGCCAAGCACUGCCUGCCGGGGGCACUUCCCCCAUUUCUUGUUCUCUAUCCCUCCUCCUCCUCCUGGAAGGGAAAGCCAGGAGUCGGGAGUGGGUAGUGUCUUGAGGGCCCCUUGUCUGAAGGCUCCUUGGACACAGUCCCGUCAUCCAUUUCCAGAUGAAGUUGUCAGAGACUACCUGCUGCUGUCCCACCCAUAUGCCCCUUCCUGAGGGACAGUGACUUUUCCUGGCAGAUGAGAGAACCAGGGUGGUUUGGGUGGGGAGGGGGAAGAAUUUUCAUUUGAUGGAAUAAAACUGGCGACCCCCACUAACA